AACCCUACUCUUUAUGCUCUGUUUUCCCUCCAAACCAGAAAUCUUGCAACAAUCUCUCUCUUCUUAGAAGAUAUGCUAUCUGUUUCGAGAAUGAAAUCUCUCAUUUCUCCCACUUUCUUUUCCAUAAUCUCCAACCCUUCAAAGACAGGACCUUUCACACUCUACUUUCACCCAAUCCGUCAUGUCUCCUCCAUCUCUAAACCGCGCCUUAACCUCCAUCUUCUCCUUGUAAAACCCACCAUGUCCAACCUUGAUUCAGAUAAACUUCAAACCCGAACCCUUUCUACAGAGGCAACUCCUUCCUCCGGCGAAAUUCACGUCAUCGUUGGACCUAUGUUCGCCGGUAAAACCACUACCCUUCUUCGUAGAAUCAAAGCUGAGACCAGUAAUGGAAGUUUUCAGGUCAAGGAUUCGAACAAUUUGAUUCAUUUGAAUAAGACAUUAAGGGAACUUUGUAUAACAGGAAGAGUUAAAGAAGCAAUUGGGAUAAUGAGACAUGAAGAUUCGCCAUUGUUUGCGGAAACAUAUUCAAUUCUUUUACAAGAAUGCAUACACAGGAAGAGAUUUAGAUGGGGAAUGAUAAUCCAUUCUCAUAUGAUAAUAGUUGGUUUUGUUAUCAAUGACUAUUUGAUGAUCAAAUUGUUAAUAUUAUAUACAAAAUUGGGUGAUUUAAACACUGCCCACCAUCUGUUUGAUAAUUUGCCAAAUAGAACUUUGGUUUCCUGGAAUGCAAUAAUAGCAGGUCUAGUUCAAAAAGGCGACGAGAAAAUGGGAUUGAGAUACUAUUAUGCGAUGAGACGGACUGGAUUAAUUCCAGACCAGUAUACAUUCGCAUCCAUCUUCAAAGCUUGUGGUUCUUUAGCGAUUCUCGAGCAAGGGAGGAUAGUUCAUGGCAUCUUCUUAAAAUGUCAGCCAAAUGGAAAUAUUAUAGUUAAUAGUGCCCUUAUGGAUAUGUACUUCAAAUCCAGCAGUCCUUACGAUGGGCGUAUGGUAUUUGAGAAGGUUCUAGAGAAGAAUGUGAUUACAUGGACUGCUUUAAUAUUUGGUCUUGCCCAAAAUGGUAGAGUCUACGAGGUCUUGGAAUCAUAUCGCAGUAUGUUGAAGGAGGGUUGCAGACCAAAUUAUGUUACUUUUCUUGCACUUUUAUCUGCUUGUAGCUAUGGAGGAUUAGUUAAGGAAGGUUGGGAAUAUUUCUUGUCGAUGAAAAAUGAUUACGGAAUUCAGCCUGUUGGGAAACAUUAUGCGGCGAUGGUUGACCUUUUAGGGCGUUCUGGGCGGUUAGAAGAGGCGUUUGAGUUUGUUAAGGAUGUUCCUUGUAAGGAGCAUGCGGUGAUUUGGGGUGCUUUGCUUGGGGCUAGUCGAAUACAUGGAAAUGCUGACAUGUUAAAGGCGUCUGCGAAUAAAUUCUUUGAGAUGGAACCUGAAAAUGCUGGGAAGUAUGUUGUUUUGUGUAAUGCUUAUGCGGCUUUUGGUUUGUGGGAUUGUGUUCAAGAUGUUAGGUUGAAAAUGAAGAACGCUGGGAUUAAGAAGGAGCCUGGUUAUAGUAUGAUUGAGAUUCGACACGAAGUUAAUUUUUUCUUCAUGGAUGAUAACACUGACAAGAAAACUGAGGAGAUUCGUGAGCUUAUCAAUAGCAUCACUUGCAUUUUAAAGGAUGCUGGUUUUGUUCUUGAUUGGAGCAGUUUUUCAUGAUCUGCCUUGGCUUCAUUUAGAAAAGGGUAACCCGUAACCCUAACCCUAAUGAUGUUUCCUAAACUACCCGUUUUAUACCAGGGGUUUUCAACAUCCCACCGUCUCGAUCUCACACUUUAAUCAAGAUACUUUCAAUGUGAAUUGAAUGUGAGACCUCGACUCUUGGUUCCACUUGAGCUAAUCCUGAAUGGAUCAAAACUAUCAGAAUGUUGAGAAAUGAUCACUUGCAUGUCUUUUUUCUUUCAUGUUUGUCAUUGUCUUAAUUUCACAAGUUAUUUGCCCUUGUGAACUC